GAAGUCAUUGACAACUGCACGACUCUAUUGUGUUAUAAGUCUUACCAUGUUCAUUCAUGUUGGAUUCUCGACAGUUUUAUACUUCAACUUCUUCUCUCUCUCUCUCUCUUCGAUUUAAUCAUCAAAACAUAGAUUUCUCAAUACCUAUUCAUGUUCUGUUCCUCCCAAAUCUUGAUAACCACAAAAUCGCAUGUUUGUGUUUCUGGGUUUUCAAAAUCAUUAUAAACCCUACUCGUCUGGGCAAUUUUGAUCUGAUUUAUUAACCCACCUCAACAUCAAACCCUAUUAUUAUUCUUUUCAAAAUUCAACCACCGAUCUCGAUUCAGUUUCGCUAAUCAUGUACUUUUAUUCGAAUCUACAUUGAUGACUACAAAUUAAUUGAUUUAAUUAUCUGCUAUUUUCUGUGUGUUUAUUGGAUCAUAAGAUGAGGGGCAGAGGGGAGAAAGAUGAACAUGUGUUUAAAGAUUCAUCAGUUGGAUUAAUGAGGCUUCUCUUUGUUCUUAUUCUGUUUGUGAUCGGUAUAAUCAUCGGGUUGGUUUCGAGUUCGCAUAUCGAUCGGUAUUUCACUUCACAGCCGAAUAAUUUUUAUAUGGAUUAUGUUACUGCUGCACCUGCACCAACUUACACCACUAGCAUUGCAAAAAUUAGUAGUUCUGAUCAUAAUUGUAGUAGUGGUUCAACUGUUUGCAAGAAUGAUGAUUGUUUGAGUAUGGAUAGCUUUAGAAUGCCUAAGAGUCUGACCCAUAAAAUGACCGAUAACGAGCUGUUUUGGAGGGCGUCGUUAGUGCCUGAUAAACCCGAGUAUCCAUUUGAAAGAGUGCCUAAGGUUGCCUUUAUGUUCAUGACAAGAGGGCCUCUGCCAUUCUUGCUGUUGUGGGAGCGGUUUUUUCGCGGUCAGGAUGUGAAUAAGUAUUCGAUUUAUGUGCAUACUAAUCCUGGGGUUCAUUUGAGGAUUUCCAAUUCUUCGGUUUUUUACAAUCGGCAGAUUCCUAGCCAGGAUGUGAGAUGGGGAACCGUCACACUUGUCGAUGCUGAGAGACGACUUCUAGGCAACGCCUUGCUCGAUUUUUCUAAUGAGCGAUUCGUUCUCCUAUCAGAAAGCUGUAUUCCAGUAUACAACUUCCCAACCAUAUAUAAAUAUCUCAUUGGUUCAACCCACAGCUUCCUCGACUCGUAUGAUGACCCGUCUCGUUACGGGCGGGGCCGUUACAGUCGCAGAAUGAAACCCGAUAUCAAGCUUCGUGAUUGGAGGAAAGGGUCUCAAUGGUUCGAGAUUCAGCGCACUCUUGCCAUCAAAAUAGUCUCCGAUACAAGGUACUAUAAACUCUUCAAAUGGUAUUGCCUACCCUCUUGCUACCCGGAUGAGCAUUAUCUACCAACGUUUGUGAACAUGUUUCAUGGUGCUCUUAACGCUAAUCGGACGGUAACUUAUGUUGAUUGGUCUUUGGGGGGCCCACAUCCAGCGAGUUUUGGCGCCAAAGACAUUACAGUGAACUUAAUACAACACAUUAGAAACAAUGGGACCACUUGUUCCUAUAAUGAAGAGAGAACUUCCAUUUGCUUCUUGUUUGCUCGAAAGUUUAGCCCGGAUGCGUUAGGCCCAUUACUUCGUCUCCCAUCGACACUACUCGGAUUUUGAGAUUACCGGGUUGUGUGUUCUAUUUGUUGUAGAUGUUGAUGUUGUGACUUGCUAGUACCUGGGUACAAAUUAAUCAGUUAGAAAUUGUACACAAUUUUUGGAAUGGGUUUGCAUCAACAAAUAAAUAUUAAAUUUGAAAUAA